AUGGUUAAACAGGAAGCCUUCGCCGUGGAGCAAUUCAUGGACAAACAUGAAACAAGCAUCGUCUACAACAUGGGCGAAACGUGCGUCGACUCGUUGACCAUCCCGGAGAUCGUCGGGAUGGACAAGGAGGCCAGUGCCAAAAUUGCACAGGACCUCUUGGGCACAAAACUCACGUAUGGCCACAUCAAGGGGUCGCCCGAACUCCGGGGUGCCAUUGCUGCCUUGUAUGAAGGAUCCGGCGUCACGGCCGAGGAUGUCGUGGUGACCAACGGUGCCAUUGCUGCCAACUUUCUUACUUUCUACACGGUGGUCAACCCCCAGGAGCACGUGAUCGUGGUGGCUCCAAGCUACCAGCAACUUUCGUCGGUGCCGGAGAUGUUUGGUGCUAAAGUUGACAUGUUCAAUAUCAGGGCAGAGGACCUGUACCGGCCCAGGCUCGAUGAGCUCCGCACCAUGAUCUCGCAAAACAAUACCCGAUUGUUGGUCAUCAACAACCCAAACAACCCAUCGGGAUUUGUGUGGGAAAACGACAUUCUUGCCGAGAUCGUCGCCUUGUGCAAGGAGCACGACGUCACGAUUAUGUGCGAUGAGGUGUACCGUCCGCUUUUCCAUUUCCAGACGCAAGAGCCGGUCAAGUCCAUUGUGGACUUUGGCUACGACAAGGCCAUCUCCACGGGCUCCAUGUCCAAAGCGUUUUCGCUUGCAGGCUUGCGUGUGGGCUGGAUCGUGACCAAGAACAAGGAGUACAGUGCCGGGUUCUGGGAGAAGCGCGACUACAACACCAUCUCCGUGCUGAUGUUGGAUGACACCGUGGCGGCAGUGGCGCUCCAAAACACCGAGCGUAUUCUUGAGAGAAACCACAAAAUCUGCCAGACCAACUUGGCGGUGUUGCAGAAAUUCGUUGACGAGCACAGCGACAAGGUGUCGUGGGUACGUCCUCGGGGAGGCUCCACGUGCUUUUUGCAGCUUCACAUCAAAGCCACGUCCAUGGAAUUUGCUGAGAAAUUGAUUGAGAAGCACGGCACUUUGGUUGUGCCCGGCGAGGUCUUUGGCAUGCCUGGCUGGCUCCGCCUUGGAUUCGGCAACUCGACCCACGACAUUUCAGAGGGCCUCAGGUGUUUUGGCGAGUUACUCCAACAAUAUUAG